CGCGCUGUAAACACGACUGACGCUCAGCUGCGUGGCUGAAGCAUCUUCAGACCAAGAGCCCAAGACCUCUCCAGGUUGCUGUGUUUAUUUCACGACGGGACUGCUGCGAGGCGUUAAAACAAUAGAGGUUUACCUCGACUCUCAUAUGCGGUCUCCAAAACCAAGACAGCGGUGGUGCAUUUGUUCUACUAAGUGCCAUGGCUAGAAUAUCGGACAUCCCCACAUCUUACUAUGGUGAGCCACGCAGGUUUGACCCAAACUUCAGAGGGCCCGUUCAGAACAGGAGCUGCACUGAUGUGGUUUGUUGUGUUAUCUUCGUCAUUGUCAUCCUUGGCUACAUCGUCCUGGGUACUGUGGCCUGGAUCCACGGUGACCCCAGGAAGAUUGUCUAUCCCACUGACAGCCAGGGACAGUUCUGUGGCCAGCAGAACACCUCCAAUGCAAACAAAGCCAUAUUAUUCUACUUCAACAUGCUGAAAUGUGCCAAUCCUGCAGUUCUAAUUAACCUCCAGUGCCCUACAACCCAGCUCUGUGUCUCCAAGUGCCCUGACAGAUUUGCCACUUUCCUGGAUGCAAGGAAUACCCAAAACUGGAAAUAUUACAAGCAAUUCUGCAAGCCGGGCUUUGAGAUUGGCAGUAAGUCAGUUGCAGAGGUCAUACGAGAUGAGGACUGUCCAUCAAUGAUUGUGCCAAGCAGACCUUUUCUUCAGCGGUGCUUCCCUGAUUUCAUUAGAAGAGAUGGAAUUUUAACUGUAGCCAAUCAGACCAUUUUCAAAGAUGGUGACAAUAACAAAAGAAGUGUCAACGAUCUCAGAGAUGCUGCCAAAAGUAUUGCCAGUCUGCUGAAUGCCAAAGAAGUUGGUAUGAAGAUCUUUGAGGAUUAUGCAAAUUCAUGGAUAUGGAUCCUCAUAGGCCUGGUAAUAUCCAUGGUGGUCAGUCUGCUCUUCAUUCUUCUUCUGCGCUACACUGCUGGUAUGAUUGUGUGGCUCAUCAUUUGUGGCGUCAUCGCUGCAGUCAGCUACGGUAUCUGGUACUGCUACGGGGAGUACAAUAUCCUGAGCAAGAAGACAGAUGCUAAUGUCACCAUUUCUGAAAUUGGCUUCCACACAGAUUUCAGUAUUUACCUUCAGCACAGCCAGAUGUGGCUCAUCUUCAUGAUCUCGCUUUGUGUGAUUGAUGCCCUCGUCUUGAUCAUAUUGAUAUUUCUGAGGUCCAGGCUGAAAAUCGCAAUUGCACUACUAAAGGAGGGAAGCAGGGCCAUCAGCUACAUCAUGUCCACUCUCUUCUACCCUCUCGUCACCUUUUUUCUCCUGGCCAUCUGCAUAGCUUAUUCCACUGUCACAGCAGUCUUCUUGGCAUCUUCAGGUAAUGCAGUCUACAAGGUUGCACCUACUGAUGAUCAGUGCAUGUAUGCAAACCUCACAUGCAAUCCAAAGACUUUCAGUCAGACCAAUGUUACCAAAGCUUGCCCUGGGUCACAAUGCAUGUUUGCCUUCUAUGGUGGGGAGAGUGUGUACCACCACUACAUCUUAGUCCUCCAUUUGUGUAACCUGUUCGUGUUCCUCUGGCUGGUCAACUUCAUCCUCGCUCUGGGCCAGUGUACCCUGGCUGGGGCCUUCGCCUCUUACUACUGGGCCCUGAAGAAACCGAAAGACAUCCCAGACUGUCCUCUGUACUCCUCGUUCAGCAGGGCCAUACGUUACCACACAGGUUCUCUGGCCUUUGGCUCUCUAAUCCUUGCUUUGGCGCAGAUGGUCAGAAUUGUUCUUGAGUACCUGGAUCACAAACUAAAAGGAUCUCAGAAUGCAUGUGCACGAUUUUUGAUUUGUUGCCUCAAAUGCUGUUUCUGGUGCCUGGAACAUGUCAUCAAGUUCAUAAACAGGAAUGCAUACAUUAUGAUAGCAAUAUAUGGAAGGAACUUCUGCACAUCUUCCAAGGAUGCAUUCUUCCUCUUGAUGAGAAAUGUUGUUCGGGUGGCUGUCCUCGACAAAGUCACAGACUUUCUGCUGUUCCUGGGAAAACUGCUGGUUUCCGGAGGUGUUGGUGCCCUUGCAUUUUUCUUCUUCUCACAAAAAAUACCAGGUUUUAAAGAGGAGGUGCCAUCAUUAAAUUACAGUUGGGUCCCCCUUGUGACUGUGUCGUUUGGAGCCUAUAUGAUUGCCAAUGGCUUUUUUAACAUCUAUGCCAUGUGUGUCGACACACUGUUCCUGUGCUUUUGUGAAGACCUGGAGAGGAAUGAUGGUUCUUCCUCCAGGCCCUACUACAUGUCUCCAGGCCUGCACAAGAUCCUGCGCAAAGGAGAAGAGCGUGCCAAAUCCUGUGCUUCCUCCUGAGCGAUGUGCAGCUAUUUUCCUGAACUUACGAUUCUCUGACUCACCUCUCCAUAUCUGCUCUAUGUGUAGGGUGGGUCUGGAUGUUUGAGAAGCAAGUAUUCUAGGGCUAAACAUCGUAACUGGAUGCAUCCCAGCCUGGUUAGGAAUGACUUGGACAUGAAAAGACAUGCUGUUAACUUCAGGUCCUCAUAGAAAAGGCAUGGGGACUAGAAAAAGACUUGCAUUCACUUCCUCUUUUGAGACAAUUCAGAUACUUGCCUUUCUGUCAGCUGUGCUAUGUUCAUGUUUCUUUUUUUCUCUGUAUUCUCUGCUGACCUCUGCCUUACUGAGAGGGUACACACAAAUACGCAAGAUGGAUGCACAAGCUGAGAUGAAAAUGAUACUUUUUUUUUAGCCAUGCAUGAGGACCUUAAAAUGUACAGAUGGCAUAAGACUAUGGCAGAAGGCAUCACCUAAAAAAGUGGUGGACUUAUGGGGCACUCUUGUUGCACUUUGGUCUUCUAGUGUGAAAUCAAAUUCUGUAUGCACUUUCACAUACAGGAGAAGAACCAUGUAAUUUAUUUCUUCUGUGUAGCAUGAUUAUUUUGCUGGUUAUUGAUGUUCAUCAUUGUUUUUAUAAGUUGCUUAAAUCCACCAGAUUUAUAUUAAUAUAACACACAGAUCCAAAAACUGUGUGGAUUCUGUGUUUACUUAUUUUUCAUCAGCUACAGUAUAUGGUCAUUCAGAGUUUUCAUUAUGCCCAUAGAUGUACUGUAAACCAGACUGAGACAUUGUGGGAGGUCAAGACUUCAAGAUAUUUCACGGUUAUCGCUUAAAAUCUGAACAGAACCUGAGUGUUUUCAAGAAAAAGUUUUGAUGCAGCCACUAGUUUAUGUGCCUAGCUGUGAAAAAAAAAGUAAAAAUUAAAUGUUCCUUCUUCUUUGCGAUUUCAGACCUAACAACAGGAACCUUUGCGAUACAGUUUAUAAAAGGAUGUCAAAGCCAUUUUUGGUAAAAAAAAAAAAAAAAAAAAAAAUUUAUUAGAUGGUUCAGAUGUCGUGCUGUUUUAA